AUGGCACAAAAUGGUGUUGCACCUGGCACUACUCAAAUGAACGGGUUAAGCUCACUAAAAACACCCUUAGCACAUCUAGGGAUGAUUCUUCCCCCUUUAGAUAUUAGAGAAAUUGUGGAAAAAACUGCUAAUUAUGUUUUAAGAAAUGGUAUUGUAUUUGAGGAAAAAAUUCGAGAAAAAGAAAAAAAUAAUGCUAAAUUUUGCUUUUUAAAUCCAGCAGAUCCAUAUUAUAAAUAUUAUGAAUACCGUCUUGAAGAAUGUAAAAAAGGAAAAUUUAUUUCUCCUAUAACACGAGAAGAUUCGUCUAAAGCUGCUCAAAAUGCUUCAAAACAAAUUCAUGAUAAAUCUAUGUUUUUAGAGCCUCCAAAGUUCUAUUUUUCUGCUUCAUUACCUGCAAUUUCGGCUAUGGAUUUGGAUAUAUUAAAGCUUACAGCACAGUUUGUUGCGAGAAAUGGGAGGGAGUUUCAGACAACUCUUUCUCAAAGAGAAAGCAGAAAUUUUCAAUUUGAUUUUUUGCGUCCGAAUCAUUCUCUUUUUCAAUAUUUUACAAAACUUGUUAAACAAUAUACUAAAAUACUUAUCCCUCCAAAAAAUACCAAUAAAAUAUUAGAACGGAAUAUUGAGAAUAAGUAUCAAUUAUUAGAAGUGAUUCGGAAAAGAGUUGCUUGGCAAAAAUAUCAAGAAGAACAACAAAAAUUAAAACAGGAAGAAGAAGAUCGGGAAAAAAUUGAGUAUGCACAAAUUGAUUGGCAUGAUUUUGUAGUUGUUGAAACAAUAGAAUUUACAAAUGCAGAUGAACAAAUGGAUUUACCAGCUCCGAUUUCAUUAAGUAUUUUACAGUCAGCAACUCUCGAACAAAAACAAAUGAUGACUAUAUACCAUGAUCCCAAUAUAUCAUUAUUUGAUGAUACACCAUAUAAUCCCAUACAACCAUAUUCUACAUCAACGGAAAAAGUACAGUCAUUACAAGAAGAAGAGGGUGUAGAAAUGGAUAUUGAGGCUGAUUCGGAUGAAGAGACUGCAGCAAUUAGGGAGAGAAGAGAGCACCAGGAAAAAGUUCGUUUUGCGCAACAGCAAAGUCGAGCAGGUCUUCCUAUGAAAAUUCGUACAAAUUAUGUUCCAAAAGGUUUUUUGAAUAAAACUGAAAACAUGCUUAUUUGCCCUCAAUGUAAUCUUCCAAUUCCUUCAAACGAACUUGAAGAGCAUAUGCGUAUUGAAAUGUUAGAUCCUAAAUGGAAAGAGCAGAAAGCAAAAGCAGAAUCUAAGUCUGCAUCGAGUAAUUUAUACCAAGAAGGGGCUGCUAGCAAUCUUAAACGCAUGACAGCAAGUAUGUAUGAUAUGCAAGGAAAUUUCAUGAGUAAAGAAGAAAUGGAAAGAAAUAAAAGACAACGCUAA